AAUCUCGAUCAAACGAAUUAUAAUCACGAAUUUCCAUAAAUGUUCGCUUCACCGGUCAAAAAAAAAAUUAUUUAGAACUUCGUAGUUUUGACUUGGUAUUGAGUAUUAUGACCCGCCUUUGAUUUGUUUAUUCAUGAUUGCCGGUUAGUAUUCAGUAAAUCUAUUCAAUUCAAAUGGGAGUUUGGUGUCGAAUAAAAAAUGUUUUGAUUGGCGUGGCUAUUGGACGCACAGUAAUUGACACAUUUGGUUCUGUGGCCAGAGUUGAUGGAAUUUCUAUGCAACCAACAUUCAAUCCAAAUAAAACAGUGGACUUUGUAUUUCUAUCAUAUAUUCCAGUACGAUUUAAUUCUAUUAAGCGCGGUGAUAUUAUUGUAGCCAUAUCACCUAGGAAUCCAAAUGAAACAAUUAUUAAACGUGUUAUCGGUGUUGAAGGUGACAUUGUAGUAUCAAAAAAAAAGAAUAAUAUUUCAGGUACAAAAAAAUUUGUUCCUAAAGGAUACUAUUGGAUUGAAGGUGAUCACAAAGGCCAUACAUAUGAUUCUACUAGUUUUGGUCCAAUUUCUAAAGGUCUUGUUGUUGCAAAGGUUUCAGUUAUAAUUUGGCCUCCCAGUAGAUGGCAACUACUCCAGUCUCGCCAUAAAUAAGAGCUUACAAAUUCAAGUCAUCAUUGUUAUCAUACUGAAGUAAAAAAGAUAUUUAGCAUCCGGUAUAAGACCACAAGUUAUAGCUAGAAGAAAAUCAAAGUAUAAAUAAACUAAUAUUUCAAAUAUCUAUCUAUUUAAUAUAAUAUUUAUUUUUAUUCUGUAAGGUUGUAAUCAUUAAAAAUAGUUAACAUCUGAUAUACAAUGGUGCUUAUCAUAAAUAUUUAUUUAUAAUAUUAUAACAAUUUUAAAUUUAACUCGCUACACAUAGUCGUGUUGUUAAAAAAUAUGAAGCAUUAUAUUAUAUCUAUAUAUUUAAACAGGGCUAUGGUGGCUUGAUAUAUAAAAUAUUUUAUAUUUUUAGAGUUAAGAGAAAUUUGUGUUUGUGUUUAUAUUAAAAUUAUAAAUACACUGUUCAUUUCUUUAUGUUAUUUAUUUAGUAAGACUUAACUGUAUUAUUUUAUUAUUUACAACAUUAAAUUAUAUUUUAAUAUUAUAUUUUUAAGAAUACUGUUGUGAUUAUAUGUGAUUAUAGUGUAUGUAUACAAUUUUACUAUAAAGAUUUUAGUGGAAAGUAUAAUAUUUUUUGGAUGUUUUAGGAGAAUGUAUUCUACAUAAAUAAAUCUUUUAAAGUAACAGA